CCUAAGAACUCCAUGCAGCACCAUCUGCAGCUAAAAUGACACUGGUUUCUGAUAGAUUCUCUCAGCUUGGAAGCACAUGAGAAGAGCAGAGCAGAGCACAUACACUACAUAUUAGUUUAAGUAGCAAUUCACCGGAUCUCAGUCCUCAACUUAGCGUCCUCUUUCCGAAGCCAAAGAUUCCUUCGCCUCCCCUUCGUCUUCCUCCUCUCUCUUUCUCUCUCCCUCCAUCUGAGUUGAGGUGUGCGGUAGUGUUGGCAAAUGGAAGAGAGGAGCUCAAAAGCAGCAAGUGCUGUUUGGGUUGACACCAAAAGCAUCAGGGCUUUUCCCCUUUCCACCCUGGUUGAUUGAUUCUCCUUGACCACUCCUCUCCGUUGUGUUGCAUGUUUCCUCUUGGCUUAGCUUAUCCUUUCUUUAUGCAAUGAUCUGUUGAGCUACUCUCUCUCUCUCUCUCUCUCUCUCUCUCUCUCAGGAAGAAGGUAGCAGGUAUUCCUACACCACCUUCCCCCUGCUCCUCCUCCUCCUCCUCUUAUUCUUCUACCCACUGAGACAUGAGCUACGUCAAGGCACCAACAUGAGCCCACGAAGCAUCGGACGCUGUUCCUUGUUGCUGUCUUCUGUCCUGCUGCUGUUUGAGCUGGUGUUGGGUCUGAACCAGGACGGAGUGCUGCUGCUACAGUUCAAGUACUCCGUCCUCUCCGACCCCCUCACCGCACUCGGGGACUGGAACUAUGACGCUGCUUCGCCGUGUUCAUGGAAUGGGGUCGUGUGCAUGGGCUUGCCGGAGGAAAGCACUGGUGCUCAGGCAUCAACCACUUCCAGGGUGAUAGGCUUGGUUCUUCCCGAUUCCCAGCUCGUGGGCAGCAUUCCGCCGGAGCUUGGCCUCGUCGAGCACCUCCGCCACCUCGACCUCUCCGGAAACGCCCUCAACGGCACCCUCCCACCCUCCAUCUUCAACGCGUCGGAGCUGCAGGUGUUGUCGUUGGCCGACAACGCGAUUUCCGGCGAGCUCCCCGAGCUCGACGGCCGCAUGAACGGCCUCCAGGUGCUGAAUCUCUCCGGCAACGCGUUGGUGGGCGCAGUGCCGGCCGGUCUCGCUCUUCUUCCAAACCUCACCGUCGUCGCCCUCGCCGGUAAUUACCUCUCCGGCGAGCUCCCGGGAGGUGGGUUGGGCCUGGUGGAGUACCUGGACUUGAGUUCCAACCUCAUCAAUGGUUCUCUGCCGCCGGAUCUCGGCGGGAAAAUGGUCCGGUACAUGAACUUGUCUCACAACCGGAUCGCCGGCGCGAUCCCGCGGGAAUUGACGUCGAUAAUUCCAGCCAAUGCCACUGUGGACCUCGCAUUCAAUGAUCUCACCGGAGAGAUCCCGCAGACCGAAGCUUUCGCCUCGCAGAAACCGACAGCGUUUGCCGGGAAUCCUGAUCUUUGCGGGAAGCCGCUCGAGAAUCUCUGCUCGAUUCCUUCCACGCUUUCCGAGUCUCCUCCGGCCUUUGCGGCGAUGCCCAAGAACGCGGCCGUGGGGACUUCCCCGUCCGACAGCGGGCACGGGCAGGGAGGCCUUCGACCGGCUGCAAUUAUCGCGAUAGCCGUCGGAGAUGUCAUCGGAAUCGGAAUUCUCUUCGCAGUGUUUUACUAUGUAUUCCAAGUGAAGAAGAGGAAUAGACUGCAGCAUCAGCAGAUGAAACGAGUCGGAGCCAUUGGCGGGACGAAGGAACAGCCACCAACGUCCUCCAAAUCCAAAGGCUUUGGUGGGCUCUCUUGCUGUUUAAGGAAGAAGGGCGACGAAGAAGACGACAGCGAAGAGACGUCGGAGUCCUCGGCCUCCUCCGAAACGGAAGCAGACGUGGAAGCACAGCAGAAGGGAGGCAAGGACGAGGGUGGCGGCAGAACACCGACCCAGCAGAAGCAACAGGAGGCCACUCUUGUCACCGUCGACGGCGACACGGAGCUGGAGCUGGAGACUCUGCUCAAGGCCUCGGCCUACAUACUCGGCGCCACCGGGUCCAGCAUCGUCUACAGGGCGGUGCUUGCCGACGGCACCGCCCUGGCCGUCCGACGAAUCGGCGAGAGCAGUGUCAUCGACAAGCUGAAGGACUUCGAUGCGCAGGUCCGCGGCAUCGCCAGGUUCCGCCACCCCAACCUCCUCCGCUUGCGGGGAUUCUACUGGGGCGCCGACGAGAAGCUCCUCAUCCAUGACUAUGCCCCCAAUGGCAGCAUAGCCAACAUCUCGUUUACCAAGAAGCUCGGCUCGUCGCCGUUUCAUCUCAGCUGGGAAUCGCGGCUCAGAAUAGCGAGAGGAGUGGCGCGCGGGCUCGCAUACCUCCACGAGAAGAAGGCCGUACAUGGCAACAUGAAACCAAGCAACAUACUGUUGGACGCAGACAUGGAGCCAAAGAUCAGCGACUUCGGCCUCGAUCGGCUCACGUCGGGGGGCGGCGGAGGCUACCGACUGGGCACGUCGUCCCGGCAAUUCGGCAGCAACCGGUCGGUGCAGUCGCAGAGCAGCUUGCCGGACCUGUCGCCUCCGGCCGCAGGAGCCAGCCCGUGUGGGUCUUCCUCCGCUUUGGCAAUCGCCUCCGCUGCUCCCUACCAGGCACCGGAGUCGCUGAAGAACCUGAAGCCCAGCGCCAAGUGGGACGUGUACGCCUUCGGGAUGGUACUGUUGGAGCUGCUCGCAGGGAGGGUGUUGUCGGAGGUGGAGCUCGGCCAGUGGAACGCUGGGUUUGUGGCGGAGGAGAGGGGCAGGAUGCUGAGAAUGACCGACCCGGCGCUGAGGGGCGAGGUGGAGGGGAAGGAGGAGGCUAUGCUGAGCUGCUUCAAGCUGGGGUUCGCUUGCUGUGCUGUGGCCCCUCAGAGGAGGCCGUCCAUGAAGGAUGCUGUUCAAGUGCUGGAGAAGAUACCCUCUUCUUCUUCCUCAUGACUCUGACUUGCCAUGAACCUUCUUCACUGUAACACGAUACUGAUUUGUUUGGGAUGAUGUGAUGAAAGUUGAAGGAAAAGUUUCUCUUCUGCUAAUUGUGUACUGUAAUGCAAUGCAAAGUAUAUUUUCUAGUAA